CGCAGUUCCCUCGAUCGCACCUCUUCAUUCUAACAACACCAUGAACUCCGGCAACCAAACCACAACCUUCUCCAAUGGCCACAGUUCUCCCACUGCUAACCUCAUGAGCUUCCUCUGGCUCCUGCCGGCGGAGAUCCAAAUCCUCGAGCUCCUCGUCGCCCUAUCCAUCUUCGUCGCCAUACACGCCUGGCAACAAACCAAGCGCCAGGGCCUUGCGGUAUGGCCCGUCGUCGGCAUGCUGCCAUCGCUCCUCCUCGCCCUCCGCCAUGACAUGUACGAGUGGAUCACCAGUGUUCUUGAUGGCAUGGGCGGCACCUUCACCUUCCAUGGCCCAUGGCUCACCAACCUCCAGUGCAUCGUGACCGCCGACCCCCGCAACCUGGAGUACCUCCUCAAGACCAAGUUCUCCAACUUCCCCAAGGGUAAGUACUUCCAGAACACCGUCCGUGAUCUGCUCGGCGAUGGCAUCUUCGGCGCCGAUGAUGAGGUCUGGCAUCGCCAGAGGAAGAUAGCGAGCCUCGAAUUCCAUUCAGCCAAGUUCCGGUCUUUGACGGUCCAGUCCCUCUACGAGCUCGUCCACUCGAGACUCCUCCCGGUGCUCGAGUCGGCCUGCGACAACCGCACUCCGAUGGACCUCCAGGACGUGUUACUGAGGCUAACCUUCGACAACGUGUGCAUCAUCGCCUUUGGCAUCGACCCGGGCUGCCUCCGCCCCGGCCUGCCGAAGAUCCCCUUCGCCCGGGCCUUCGAGGAUGCAACCGAGGCCACAAUUAUCCGAUUCAUCACGCCCACCGCUAUAUGGAAGGCGAUGCGCUUCUUCGACCUCGGUAACGAGAGGAGGCUUAGAAGGUCGUUGAAGCAGGUGGAUGAGUUCGCCUACGAGGUUAUUCGGACGAGGAAGAAGGAGCUGUCGCUGGAGUCGGGCGAUGAGAAGAAGGCGGCGAGGUCCGACCUCCUGACCGUGUUCACGAAUUACAAAGACGAGGAGGGGAUGGCGUUUUCGGACAAGUUUCUGAGAGAUGUGUGCGUGAAUUUUAUACUGGCGGGGAGGGACACGUCGUCGGUGGCGCUUGCGUGGUUCUUCUGGCUGCUGAACCGGCAUCCGGAGGUGGAAGACAAGAUCCUUGAGGAGAUUAGGAGGAUAGUAGAAGAGAGAGAAAAUAACAGAGAAGGGGAAGGAGAGAAGAGUUUGGUGUUUAAGAGCGAGGAGGUGAAGAGGAUGGAGUAUUUACAUGCGGCUCUGUCGGAGGCUCUACGGCUGUAUCCGUCGGUGCCAGUUGAUCACAAGGAGGUGAUUGAAGAUGAGGUAUUUCCUGAUGGUACUGUACUGAAGAAAGGAACAAAGGUUAUAUAUGCCAUCUACUCUAUGGGGAGAAUGGAGAGCAUAUGGGGGAAGAACUGUAGAGACUACAAGCCAGAGAGGUGGCUCAAGGAUGGCCGCUUCAUGAGCGAGUCUGCAUACAAAUUUACUGCCUUCAAUGGCGGACCGAGACUGUGCUUGGGAAAGGACUUCGCCUACUAUCAGAUGAAGUUUGUUGCAGCUUCCAUCCUCUAUCGAUACCAAGUGAAGGUGGUCGAGAGCCACCCGGUGGUCCCAAAGUUGGCGCUAACCAUGUACAUGAAGUAUGGAUUGAAGGUGACCCUCGCUAGAAGGAAUGAAUCCAAGCUUCUCAAAUAGCAAAUAAAAGAGCUCGAUCUUGGACUAGUAAAUUACAAAGACGGGUUAAGGUUAUAUUUUGAUCUGUUUUAAGAUAUAUGGACUGAAUUAGUAAGAAGAUGUCAUCGUAGAGUAGCAUCCGAUGAGAAUUUUCUUGUGUUAUAUUUUUGCUUUGUCUACUAUUUGUCUACUAUUUUCAUAAUAAAUAUUUUGUUUCUACA